AUGGAAAAGAAAGUAGUAUUUAUUAGGCAUGCAGAAUCAGAAUAUAAUUUAGCCUAAAGAAUAGCAAAGAACUCAGCUACUGAAGUAAAAUUAGAAGAUGAAGAUUAAGAUGUGAAAUACUCAUCUAAAUAUUGUGAUGCUCCAUUAACUAAAUUUGGAAGAGAAUAAGUACUUACCAACAUAGAUUAUUAAACUUACUUAGUGUGAUCCAACUAAAUUCGAAGACCUUAGAAUUGAGACUGUGGUUGUUAGUCCACUAAAAAGGGCAGUAGAAACAGCUGUCUUACUCUUUUAAAAUCAUCCUAAUAAACCAAAGUUUAUUGUAGAACCAUACCUAAGAGAAAUGUUUUUAUCAGGAUGUGAUUUUGGAAUUAGACUACAAGAAACUAUUAAUGAAUACCCAUUUAUUAAUUAUGAUAGAUUAUUAUCAAAUCCUAUAAUAAAAUAGCAUCCAAACAUGUGGUCUCUAGAAUUUUUAUAUAAUUAAAAGAGUGCAAACAUAUUAAAAUAAUACAUUUAAGAUACCGAAUAUGGAAGUUAAGCUUGUAUUGAGAAGGUUUUAGAAUACAUGAAAAAGCAUCCAAUUUAAGUAGAAACAUUCGAAGAAAACGUUAAAAGAGUAGAAGAUUGCAAGAAAUACCUAUAAUUUGAAGAACCUUUUGUUUGUGUUUCUCAUUCAAGAACAAUUCAUACAUUGACAGGCAAAUUUAUUCAUAAUUGUACUGGAAUUGAAGUAAAUAUAUGAAUAGUAUCAAUAAAUUUAUUUAAAAUUAAU